AUGACAACACACGAAAGAGCACCGUAUAGACGAGUAUCGGAUUUAGAAAUCGAAGUUAUUACCGGUCUUUACAAUCAAGGUAUUAAGCAUUCCAAAAAUAUUGUUCAAAAACUGAUUACGGUGAAUUACGGAGAGAUAACUGAGCAUUAUGUUGCGUUAACAGCCACCAGCCGAGUCAGAAGAGUAAAUGAUGUUUUGGAAAAAGCUGGAAAAAAGGUCAGUGCAGCACGUUUAUCGGAUCCACAAUGUUUAAUACAGCAACGUGGUGAUGCACUUGAUUAUGUGUUGCUUCAUGGAAUAAGCAGUGAUCCAUUGCCAAAUCCAACACCACCGUUAGCACAGUCUACCACGGAAUCCAAAGGAAUCCAAAGAAAUCCAAAGGAAUCCAAAGAAAUCCAAAGGAAUCCAAAGGAAUCCAAAGAAAUCCAAAGGAAUCCAGCGGAAUCCAACGGAAUCCAAAGAAAUCCAAUGGAAUCGGAUGAUUUAACAGGCGAUGAACCUCCACCACCAUUUAAAUACGAAGAUUUUGAACCAUCAUCAGUACAUGCACAAUACGAUGAUAUAAUUGUUGAAAUAUCGAAAGUAAUAACAACAUUGCCAUUAAGAACGCAAUUAAAAGUAUGGGAUUAUUUUUCGUUGAUUGCUACGUCGUUAAGUCCAGGUAAAGGUAUUGACGGAAACACAUUAUCAGCAGUAAUAAAACUUGCACCAUUACCGGAAACGAAACUUUCACCAAUAACAACCGCUCCAUCAUUAUCUCUCGAACAGGUUGAACAAAGUACAAUAAUACGACCACGAACAAAUUUGAAUCAUUCUCAAACAACACGUAUUGCAAAAAAUGGUCCUCAAAAACGUACAAUAGAAAUAACCGAUAUUGAUGACAAAUAUGAAAUUCAAAAUGUAUCUCCUCCCUCUAAAAAACGCUGA